CAAAUAAAGCGUAUAUAAACCUAUUUCAUUCAAUCGAAAUAUUCAGUAAGGUGUGAAAACAUGGCAAAUCGAAAAGUAUUCGUAUUAUUUUUUAUCGGAAUAAUAGCUUUCGAGCUUCUAAUUACAAUGGUCCAAUGCAAUGGUGACCCGAAAGAUGGACUUAGAAAUAGAAAAUUGAAGGAGAAGAAAAUUCAUGAGAGUAUUAAAAGGGGAGGUGGCCGCUCAUCUGGUACAGGAGGAUUUCGUGGUAUAGGUACUGGAGUAAAUGCAAAUAAUGCAGGCAGGGUUUAUGGUGGUAAUUCAAAUGAUAACGAUGAUGAUGAUGAUGGUUGGUUAUGUUGUACAAACAAUAAAAAUAAAGGAGCGACUGCAACGCCAAAACAUGUCGGCCGUCCUGUUUUUCCAGACGGUGGCCCACCGUAUUACUAUGACGGAAGCUACCACAACCUACCCCAGAGUGCUCAACCUCCGCAAAUGAAUGCUGAUUCGCUACUAUUUCAAGCACCCGCACCAGGCCCCGUCGGUGGAUUUCCAGGCCUGCGAUAAAUUGACAAUUAUUUUUCCAAAUAUGUUAUAUAUAACAUCGUUAUAUGUUACCUUUCGUAAAAUUAUGACUUUGUAAACAUUAUUUUCCCAAAAAAUGACAAAUUUACUGAUGGUAUAAUUUGUUUUUAAUAUAUCACUUCCGAAAUAAUGGAAAAAUAAAAAUUCGAA